UGCAACUACCAUCAUAUAAAUGAUCUUGGACUAGUCUGUUGAAUGAUGAUAGACACAUGGCCUAGUUAUCCUCAUCACUCUAGCUGACAACAAGCCAACCACUGGACAUGUUUGUGGGACCAUUGACUGCCAGCUGCGUCAGUGAGCCCUGCUGAGACCAUCCCAAAUUGUCAGCCUACAGAAUUAUGACCAAAUAAUUGACUACCAUUUUAAACCACUAAGUUGUGAGGAAAUUUGCCAGCAAAAGCCAACUGAUACAUUCUACUUGUUAUCCCUUUGACUCCAUUCUGAGGGAACCCCAUGCCGAGCCCUGUCUGUCUCUAUGUGGCUCUGCAAAGUUUCAGGGAGAGGAGAUCAGGCUUGUUGGUAGUUCACUCCCUUCCCAGGUCUUCUUACUUCAAGAAGGCAUGGAGAUCACAGACAUGAAACACCUCUUUCUAGUCUUCAGCAUUCUGACAGUGACUGUAGUAACAACAAUAACUGUAAAACCAACACCGAUACAAGUAAAAUUAGCCCAGCAGUUCAAUCAGAUGGACAUCAAAACUGUACCAACCUUUUUGGUUUUCCUGAACUCAGAAUAUAAGUCUUGUUUGGGGACCCUGAUCCACAAACAGUGGGUUCUCACUGCAGCCCACUGCUUCUUGCCAUUUCUUGAGAUAAACAUUGCUGCUUCAAAAGAGAGUUUCCAAAACAAGAUUGGAAACUUAAGACCCAUGCUUACUGUCCAACACCCAGAUUUUACCCGGGAUUCUGCUGAGCAUGACCUCAUGCUUAUCAAGCUGAAUCAUCCCCAAAAGCUCAACGAUCAGGUGAAGCUGGUGGUUCUGCCCAAUACCACAGAUGACAGAAGAGGGGAAAAGUGCACAGUCUCUGGCUGGGGCUGGGAAUGGAAGAAUUCCAACACAGAGCCUGAUAUCCAGCUAAACCAGACUGUCUUUUGGUUCUCUAAUGAUGACUGCCAAGAGACUCCAGUAGGACAAAUUCCUGUUAAAAUCACAGAGAACAUGUUCUGUGCAGGAUCAUCUCUGGAGAACACACACACAUGUAAGGAAUUACCUGCUGCCCCAAUCCUGUGCCAGAAUCAGCUCCACGGGAUCCUAUCUUGGUCAGCAGGAUGUAUUCUGAGAGGUGAUAUUGGCUACUACACCAGGGUUUCCCACUAUACAGACUGGAUCUGCAAAGUCAUCCACAAUAACUGAGCUCUCUCUAGUCCCUCUCCCAGGGCCUCAGAACUGGGUCUACCAUCUUAACCCUUCCUUUCCCUCGAGCCUCAGAACAAGAUGGGAAUAGCGUCUUUGGCUAUCAGAAA